AGAGAGAGAGAGAGAGAGAGAGAGAGAGAGAGAGAGAGAGAGAGAGAGAGAGAGAGAGAGAUUAGCACUAGACCAACUGUGGUACAGAGUAUUUUCAAAAACGCUUGAUAUGUAUACGUGACUGUUCAACUUCCCCUUGGAUUGUAACCUUACACUUGGCGACUGUCCAGGAAAAAACAAUAGAACAGGAUAUAAGACAACUGAGAAGUAGAGUGGGGACGAAAGGGUGCAUGCGUGCAUUGGUAGAGUUAGCUCAGUAUACAUAUUUGUCACUGGCGUCGCUGGUAGUUGUUCCUUGUGUAACAGGAUCCGUUUCGUAGAAUACGUCGAGGAAAAUCUUACUUUCGCUUUCACAUACAGCACUUACUUUGACUGCGGUUUUACAAAUAUGGCAUGGUUCAAUUGCGAAAGACCUUAUUGUUUAACCCCGACACCCAUGUGUUACCUGGGUUCAUGUUACGCAAAUUGUCCGUUUGAAACAUGUGCAAUGAUCAACAGCACCAUAUGCAUCACGAACAGUGAUUGCAACAAGUCAGGAAAAGUAGCAUUCAACGGGAUAUGCAUAGAUAAGUGUCCACCAUCUCAUCCUAUAUUCGACCCGGAGGCUUAUAAUGACCAGUGCUGCGUAGAGUGCCCAUUUUCGGAAGUAGCUAACAACAGUAGAUGUAUCUCAGAAAGCGACUGCAAGACGGCCGGGUGGCAGAUCUACAACCAUCAGUGUUUUAGAGGUUGCCCACCUGGUACCAGACGAAUAUUAGACAACUUCAGAGACACGUGUGAAGAUGCCUUGGUGACUAAUGUUAUUUUGGGGGUAUCGUCUGUGUGUCUGGCGCUCGUCAUCUUGGCUUGCGUAAUCUUCUUUAGAAAUCCCCGGAAGUCGAGAAACAAAGUUGACGAGCUCGAUGGUGAGCGACAACCACUCAUUGAUGAUGAUGAUCAGACUUAUAUCAUCAGCAGUGGACCAUCCCUCCCGCAACCUGAAAUCAGAAAAGAACCAAUGCAUUACCCUGAUACAUCCCUCAAGGAGGCGGCUGGCAACGAUCAGCCACUACACGCUGCCGAUACACAAGUUAAGGAAAUUGAUGGUGGGAGUGAGACGUUUAUUAAAAGGCUCCCUCAUCUGAAUCGCAUUAAUGAGCUGGUUGCCAUUGGUGACCAAAGUGACCGUGUGGAACAGUUUUGUAGAGAAGAUGAUGAACUCUCUUCUAUUCCAACUAUUGUGGCUCUGAAGGGCUUCCAAGAGAGCGAUAAUUCCCUGGAUUCAUAUACCGGAAAUUAUGAUUGAUAACUACGGACAGAUACGACGUAGUAUUUGUUUCACAGCUACCUGACGUUUAGGAUAACUCUAGAGAUACACUUUGUAGUAUUUGCUUCGCAGCUGCUUGACGUUUAGGAUAACUCUGGAGAUACACUUUGUAGGAUUUGCUUUACUGCUGAUUGACGUUUAAGUUAACUAAGGAGAUAUGCUUUGUAGUAUGCAUCAAGUUUAGGAUAACAAAUGAGAUGCGUAUUGUAGUAUUUCCUUCACAGGUAGGUGGUUGACGUUAAAUAAAUGAGCAUGGUAGCUCAAAGGCUGCAUGCAAUGAUCCGUGAUCAAUAAUGCAUUUGUACAUAAAUAAUAAUAUUAAUGCAACAUAUCUUACCGCCCUUGGUAGUGUAGUGGUUAAGUCAUCGUACUGGGUUCGCAUCCCAGUACCACUCCCACCUAUAAACUUCGUAUACAGUGCUUGAAAUAGUCUAUAUAAACAUAAACAUGGUUUUGGCUACAUGAACAAGCUCACGUUUUAAUUUUAAUUUACUUGUGAUUAAUUAACAAUAAAAAAAUGGAUAGGUAUUAAAUGUCCACUCACCGUUACGACAAACCUUGUCGCUUGCGAAGUUUGGUUUUGUAGAAUUCCGUGAUAAGCUAGUCCGGAUUUUCGGUUUUCGUUGACACGAAUAUUGACGCAUGUCUGUUUGGUCCAACUGCUCUGUAAGUUCUAUUUCUGUCAAAUCUUGAUUAGAAAAAGUUAUUUUUCGCAAGACUGUACUCGUUCUAUUAUACUUUGUUCAGCUGUACUGGCUUUACGUGACUGUAGAUUCAUGUAGAUUGUGUUGUAUUCGCUUCGCUGUAGAGUUGGGUAGAUUUCCCUUAUACUUGCUUGGCGGUAAAGGUUAGGUAGAUCUUGAUGCACUCGCUUGGUUGUAUGCUGAGGUAAAUCUUGGUGUACUGAUUCAUUAGGUAAUAUAGAAUUGAAAUACCCUGUGGCCAUCAACAAUCUAAACUCUGCCAUAGAAUUGAAAUACCCUGUGGCCAUCAACAAUCUAAACUCUGCCAUCUACCUUGGAGUAUUCGCUUGGCUGUAAAAUAAUGUAGAUUUUACCAUCGGAUCUCCACCAAUUAAAAAAGUGUAUAUUUUCCUUGUGUUAUUUUACUCUAAUGUUAAAUGAAUAACAGAAUUUGCAAGUUGGAGGCAACAGUUAAAAUCCUUAUGUGUCCUUGAUCGCUGUAAUUUUGUUUCACGUAAUUGCCGUCGUGUAUAGUCCUUAGCUGUUAAUCUGGGGGCACCAAUUAAAAUCCACCGUGUCCUUGAUCACUGUAAUUUAGUUUCACACUCCUUUGCCUAAUUGCUAUCCCUUAUUAACGAAAGACUAAGUUAUUGCACAAAUGGCAGAUGACAGAACAACAAUUAAUUGAAUCAUACAUGAAUAGCUAAAUAUAUAAAUUACAUUUGAAGAUAGUUAUAAAUGUUACACUGGCAGGAUUAUGAAGAAAAAUUAAGGUUUUCAGCAAAACAAGAAGUGGAACGCCCAACCUGAUUUCAUCCACCAAACUAGAGAAAUUAUUUUACUAUUUAGCUGCUUUUGUUAUAUUGAAAAAAACUAUUAUUAUUAUUGUUUUACAGCUGAUGUUAACCAAUAUUAUUGUUUAUAAGAAUAGAUUUCUUGACUAACUUUGUUUGACUUUGUUCUCUUUUCAUUCAUCAUGUUACAGGACUGUGACGAUUACUCUUUAUUGAUGCGGAAUAACGAAAUGCAGGAAAGAAAUGCAGAAUAAAGAAUAAAGAGAUUUAACACUGGACAAAAGAUAAUUUAUAAUACAGGAAAGAGACAUAUUACAGAGUUACAGAAUAAAGAGAUAUAGUACAGAUAAGAGAUACAGAAUAACGAAUAAAUAGGGAAUAACUGGUCGCUGUCUUAAGAACGAUAUCGGCUUUAUCCUAUGAAAGAUAGAAUGCCGAAAGCCACGAGGGUCUGCCGAGGGUGUCCUCCCAUUUGUUACAUGUCCCAUUUCUUACACACUUUAUAACAACAUACGUCAUUGUUGACUGAACUGUUAAUUCUGUACCUUCUACCUAGUAUGCAAUAAUGGACCUUCUAUUAACAAUUAAGACACAGGAACAGAACAUAUAUUCACAUUUAUUUAUUACAAAUUAUCUAUUUGCUAUGUGAUGAUAGAUAAUCUUGUAACUGAUGUACUGUAAACUGGAAUAAUAUUGCUCACGGCUUCAGCUGUUAACAGUUAACACCCUUUUAGAAGUAAAACCGCUUAUGAAGUAAAACAUUAAAUGCUAAGUCACCACUGAUUGAAUUUCUAGUCAUUAAUUAAUAGUAGAAGAAGAAGAAAAAACUUUACAACUAUGUUAGCCUGUCCGUAUUAUUUUUACAUUAUUUAGAGUUUCAUUUCCGAUUCGUGAGUACUGGCUUAUUACGCGUACUACGAUCAUAUAUGCGAUAUUCACACUGUAAACGUGUAUCACAUGCGCUUGGAUUUUUUUAUAGUUUAAACGCGUUAUUUUCCCAAUUUACAGUAUGCAUAUCAAUUUAAAAAUGUAUACAUGUAUUAUGUACCAAUGUGAUUGGUUUGAUGGAGUAAAGUUGAAUUGAAACGAACAGUUGAAUUAGACUAGACUGUUCCAAUAAGGUUAUAGGAGUUUGCUUAAUUAGUCUGUAAGCCGACUGUGUAAGAACUGGGAAUAUGCAGGUGUGUAACAAAUAGGAUGUGUAACGAAUGGGAGACAACCCUGCCGAGCGUGAUUCGCCAUUCGACCUGAGAUAAUAAUGUAAUAAAGAUUAUAUGAUACAA